AUGAAGAUCGUAUAUGUACUUGUUGCUAUUCUUCUAGUAGCAGCUGUAGCAGCGGAAGAUAUUAAAUGCUACGUAUGUGAUGACUGUGAAAGCGGUUAUGAAAACACUGAAACACAAUGUGUAGCUUCGAAUCCAGAUGGAGGAGGAGGAGGAGGUGGUGACGGCGGCACCUCAGGAGGAGGAGGUGAUGACGGCGGCACCUCAGGAGGAGGUGGUGAUGGUGGUACCUCAGGAGGAGGUGGUGACGGCGGCACCUCAGGAGGAGGAGGUGGUGACGGCGGCACCUCAGGAGGAGGUGGUGAUGGUGGUACCUCAGGAGGAGGUGGCGAUGGCGGCACCUCAGGAGGAGGUGGUGAUGGUGGUAUCUCAGGAGGAGGUGGUGACGGCGGCACCUCAGCAGGAGGAGGUGGUGACGGCGGCACCUCAGGAGGAGGUGGUGAUGGUGGUACCUCAGGAGGAGGUGGUGAUGGCGGCUCAUCAGGAGGAAGUGGUGAUAACGGCUCAUCAGGAGGUGGUGGUGACGGUGGUGCCUCAGGAGGAGGUGGUGAUGGUAGCUCAUCAGGAGGAGAUGGUGACGGCGGCACCUCAGGAGGAGGGGGUGGUGACGGCGGCACUUCAGGAGGAGGUGGUAAUGGUGGUAUCUCAGGAGGAGGUGGUGAUGGCGGUUCAUCAGGAGGAAGUGGCGAUAACGGCUCAUCAGGAGGUGGUGGUGAUGGCGGCACCUCAGGAGGAGGUGGUGACAGUGGUGCCUUAGGAGGAGGUGGUGAUGCCGGCUCAUCAGGAGGUGGUGGUGACGGCGGCACCUCAGGAGGAGGUGGUGAUGGUGGUAACUCAGGAGGAGGUGGUGAUGGUGGUACCUCAGGAGGAGGUGGUGAUGGCGGCUCAUCAGGAGGAAAUGGCGAUAACAGCUCAUCAGGAGGUGGUGGUGAUGGCGGCUCAUCAGGAGGAAGUGGCGAUAACGGCUCAUCAGGUGUUAGUGGUGAUGACGGCUCAUCAGGAGGAAGUGGCGAUAACGGCUCAUCAGGAGGUGGUGGUGAUGGCGGCUCAUCAGGAGGAAGUGGCGAUAACGGCUCAUCAGGGGAUGGUGAUGGAGGCUCACCAGGAGGAGGUGGUGACAGUGGUGCCUCAGGAGGAGAUGGUGAUAGUGGUGCCUCAGGAGGAGGCGGUGAUGGUGGUUCAUCCGGAGAUGGUGAUGGGGUCUCAUCAGGAGGAAGUGGUAAUAGCGGCUCAUCAGGAGGGAGUGGUGCUUCAGGAGGAGUUGGUAACGGCACCUCUGAAGGAGUCGGAGAUAGUGGCACGUCUGGAAGCGAAAACAGUGUCAGUUCAGGGGAAGACGCAGCUAACAGCAACUCGGAAGUGAAUGGAGAAAGUGACAGAGGCAAAAAUGACGACUCGGCAACAAACAGAAACAGCGAUAAUACGAUCACGAGUAACGAACUCAAUCAAUUUAUCACAUCACCGGCAAGGAAAAGAUUUUUACGGGAAAUAAAAACAAGUCAAGGGACGCGAUGUGUAGUGACUUCGUAUGAAGAAAAUGGAAUAUCAAAAAUAAAGAGAGGAUGUUCCUAUGAGUCUGUUGACGAUGAAAACAGAUGCAGAACAUUAAUCGGAGGAAACUACACUGGGACUCUCGGUCGUUGCUAUGUUUGCGAAGGAAACCUUUGCAACGCUGGAGCAAGAAAUGCUUUUACGUUUAUCCCGCUAUUUAUAAGUAUUUUUGUUAAUCUUUACUUUAGAUAUUACUAAAGUUUAUUUCAAAUAA